AGCUGACUGUCACUGUUCACUGUAGAGAGCACAGUCAGCACUCCGGCGAUUUGCUACCUGUUUCAGAAAGACGCACGAGUGCGCUUUACCUCUCCAGGCACAGCCAAAUGGACCCGGCGGACUAGACGUGAUUACAUGUAAAAGGCACCUAAAGAAAUCAGCAAUGUCGUACAGUUGCAUUAUCCGCUGCCACAGGUUAUUACUUCUGUGUUUGUUGAGGAGGUAACAGAGGACAUUGCAUGCCAACAUGGAUUGCCUUUUUCUUUUGAUAUGGACUUUGCCUAUCCCACUUGUCAGCUGCACAUCAGUGAAGAUUUUAUCCACUCUGUGGUUCUGGAACACAUUGAAGACGCUGCAUAUCUACUGCUCACAUUCCAUUUACACUGUUUCGUCCACUUUUGCCAGUGACACCAGUGGACUGAAUCAUGAUUACAUGUUUGUGACGCCAAUUGAGGUGGAUGCUCGGGGUGGGUAUGUGUCCCACGAUAUGCUGCGGCGAGGCCGGAAUAAGAGGUCCCUGUCGUCCAUGGGGGGCCCUGUACACUACAGGCUCUCUGCCUUCGGGAGGGACAUGCACCUGGACUUACAGCCUGCCAUGGUAGUGGCAGAGGGCUUCACAGUACAGGUACUGGGGACAGAGGGCAUCACCACAUUGGCACAGGAGCCAGCCCAUCAGGACUGCUUGUAUCAGGGAUUCAUACGCAACCUCACAGCUUCCUCUGCAGCCAUAUCUACAUGUUCUGGCUUGUCAGGUCUGAUCCGGAUGUCUGAUGAUGAGUACUUCAUCGCCCCCUUGCCCCAGCACCUAGCUGCAGAGCACAACUACACCUCCCCGAGUGGACACCACCCACACGUGGUCUACAAACGCUCGGCUGAACACAAAGUCCAUGGUGGCCAGAGGUCUGUCCACAGCUCCCAACCUGACAACCCAUAUCUACAGCACCAUCACCAGCAUCACCACGACUACCAGCACGGGAAGCUGCAGAGACAACACUUCUGUGGACGCCGCAAGCAAUACACUCCCAAGCCCCCUGCUGAGGAUCGUCUCGUCAUGCCUGAUGAGUUUGAGCUCCCAGGCAGGGGGAAGCGAUCACCCGUCACGUCUAACAAGGUGGGGACCCUGAAUGUGGAAACGCUGGUGGUGGCAGACAGGAAGAUGCUGGAGAAACACGGCAGAGAGAACGUCACCACCUACGUCCUCACUGUUAUGAACAUGGUUUCCAGCCUUUUCAAAGACGGCACCAUCGGAACUGAUAUCAACAUUGUGGUGGUCAGCCUGCUUCUUCUAGAGCAAGAUCCACUCGGCCUGUCCAUCAACCACCACGCUGACCAGUCUCUCAACAGUUUCUGCCAGUGGCAGUCGGGCCUGAUCGGUAAGCGCCACGACCAUGCCGUGCUCCUCACCGGCCUGGACAUCUGCUCUUGGAAGAACGAGCCCUGUGACACCCUGGGUUUUGCUCCUAUAAGUGGAAUGUGUAGUAAAUACCGUAGCUGUACGAUUAAUGAAGACACAGGACUGGGCUUAGCUUUCACCAUCGCUCAUGAAUCAGGCCACAAUUUUGGGAUGAUCCAUGAUGGAGAGGGGAAUCCUUGUCGGAAAGCUGAAGGAAACAUCAUGUCUCCAACCCUGGCAGGAAAUAACGGGGUCUUCUCCUGGUCUGCCUGCAGUCGCCAAUACCUCAGCCGCUUCCUUGGAACAGCUCAAGCAUCAUGUCUGGUGGAUGAGCCCAGGCAGAUUGGGCAGUAUAAAUACCCAGAGCAGCUCCCAGGUCAGCUCUAUGAUGCUGACACACAGUGCAAGUGGCAGUUUGGCUCCAAGGCUAAACUGUGCAACCUGGACUUUGUCAAGGACAUCUGUAAGUCACUGUGGUGCCACAGGACAGGUCACCGGUGUGAGACCAAGUUCAUGCCCGCUGCCGAGGGCACCAGCUGUGGAACUGACAUGUGGUGUCGGCGAGGCCAGUGUGUGAAGUAUGGUGACCACGGUCCGAGAGCUGUUAAUGGUCAGUGGUCAGGAUGGUUGGAGUGGUCGGACUGUUCCAGGACCUGUGGGGGAGGGGUGAUGUACAGGGAGCGAUCCUGCACCAGCCCCAGGCCACAACACAACGGGAAGUUUUGCCAGGGCUCCAGUCGUCUCAACCAGCUGUGUAACACAAAGCCGUGCCAGCCCAGCGGAGUGGACUUCCGUGCUCAGCAGUGUGCUGAGUACAACAGCAAACCCUUCAGGGGAUGGUACUACAAAUGGAAGCCCUACACCAAGGUGGAAGCUGAGGAUAUCUGCAAGCUGUACUGCAUCGCCGAGGACUUUGACUUCUUCUUUGCCAUGGCCAGCAAAGUCAAGGACGGGACAUCCUGCUCAGACCACAGAGGGGACUUGUGCAUCGAAGGAGUCUGUGAGCCGGUGGGUUGUGACCAGGUGCUGGGCUCUAAGGCAACUCUGGAUGCCUGUGGAGUAUGUAGAGGGGACAACUCCACCUGCAAGUUCUUCAAAGGCCAGUACGUCCUCCAGCACAGAGCUAACGAAUACUACGCCAUGGUGACCAUCCCACCUGGAGCGCGGAGCAUCCUUGUUCAGGAGAUGGAGAUCUCCACCAGCUACCUGGCUGUGCGCACCCUGAAGAGGAAGUACUAUCUGACAGGGGACUGGACAGUGGACUGGCCUGGAAAGUUCCAGUUCGGUGGGACGGUGUUUGACUAUCAGCGCUCUUUCAACCACCCAGAGAGCCUGUACACGGCUGGACCCACUAAUGAGACCCUGGUCUUUGAAAUCCUGCUGCAGGGUAAGAACUCGGGUGUGGUGUGGGAGUACACCUUGCCCCGCAGUGAGAGGAAACCCAACUACACAUGGGGAGUGGUUCGCUCUGACUGCUCGGCCCCGUGUGCUGGAGGUCGGAUCUCGACAAAAGCCAUCUGUUUGCAAGAUCAGCGGACCCAAGUCAACUCGACACAGUGCAACCCUCAGACCCGACCAGUGCUCAGCUCUCACCUGUGCAACACGCAGCCCUGCCCAGCCUACUGGACGACAGGGGACUGGGGGCCCUGCAGUCGGUCCUGUGGUGGCGGGCAACAGACACGUCACAUCCAGUGCUUGCGUAAGGUGACGUACCAGCGGGAGGAGGUGGUGGCUCACUCCCUGUGCCCGGUCAUCGCCCCGGCCCAGGUGCAGCCCUGCCACACCCAGGCUUGCCCAUCUGAGUGGAGCUCUGGAGCCUGGUCACAGUGUUCCAAGUCGUGUGGGCGUGGGAUGAGGAAGCGCGGCGUGUUCUGCAGGAGCACUGACCCCGGAGCAAAGGCUGUGGUGGUGCCGGACAGUAUGUGUAAGCCACACCACAAACCCAAGGCCCAGGAGACAUGCGUCGUGCGCCGCUGCCCCAAGAAUGACCGGCUGCAGUGGUUCACAACACCCUGGGGCGAGUGCUCCACAUCCUGUGGCCCAGGUGUCAGAAGCAGAGACCUGCGUUGUAGGGAGAGGGAUUCACAGGGGGGCUACACAGAGUUCCCUAUGAGAAGGUGCAGGAACCUUCCCAAACCCUCUGGGGAGCUCCAGCAGACCUGCAGCAUGGGGCCGUGCCCAGAGCCUCGACCUGUUGUCCCAGGAAGGACAGCCAGUGCAGUGGUCCUGGGCUGGUACUCUUCUCCUUGGCAGCAGUGUUCUGUAUCCUGUGGGGGAGGGGUACAGUCCCGUUCUAUCCAGUGUCUGAGACAGGGACGUCCUGCAGCUGGAUGCCUGAACCCCCAGAGACCCAUAACUUCCCGGGCCUGCAACACACACUUCUGUCCUGCUCCUCGUCCUGCUCUCCCUGCUCCUCCUGUUCCUGGGCCAGCCCUCAAAGACGAACAGUCUUGUGUCGACUUCUUCAGCUGGUGUCACCUGGUUCCUCAGCACAGUGUGUGCAAUCACAAGUUCUACGGACAUCAGUGCUGCAAGUCCUGCAAUGGCAAAAAGCUAUAAGUUCGGAGGACUCCUUUUCCCAUGAGCCUCUAGCUGCGAAUUGCUUAAUAUGCGCUACAACUCUAAAGGUUGUUGUGGUUGAAAAUACACUUUGGGCCAUACUGCACAAGAGAACUGAGGUGCAGUCUCUGUUCCUGGAGUACUUGACUAACAGUGAUUUAGCAAAAUAAAAGAGAAUAAUCUCCAUCUUUCUGGAUACGUUGUCCUAAAGAUGGCAAUGUGGGCAAAGACAUUCAUGCGAAUGCAGCAUCUCAUAACUGUAACUGGAAAUGCAGCGCAACAAAUCAUUGCAGGACAUUCUCUGUGUAAAUAUAUGUGUUGUAUGUCCUGAUAUUGUCAACAUCUAACUCAAAGCCAUCAAGAGAGCUCUGAGAAUAUCUGCAUUUUAGCUCGCUCAUGUUUUGGAUAUGUAAAGGCAUCUGGUUUCAGACGACAUUUUAAGUUAUUAUGGCACACAUGUUAUUUUAGCAUUUGUCAGGUGUACCAUGUGCUCUGUGUGCUGCAUGUGCUCUGUGUGCUGCAUGUGCUCCAUGUUUCAAGCUCUUUACAUGUAGCAGGCUACCUAUCACAGAAAUGAUACAUGUAAAUACAUUUUGAAGUUGAUCACAACUCCCAAAUGCACUUAUCAGGCCCGGUCCCUCUAUCUCUCAUGGUUCAUGAUUGGUGCUUCAUUGUGUAACAAGAUACAGUACUUACAGUACAUGUGUACAUUCCAUACAUCUUCAUGUUGUGAAUACAUGCAUAUUUGUGUAUGAGAAAAUAACGUUUGUUUACCCAUAUUUUAAUGUAUGCUCCAAGUGUCCUGAGCAAGGCAGUUAACCCACUGUUCCAUCGGGCGCCGAUGACUUGGACGUUGAUUAAGGCAGCCUCAUGCACCGCUCUGAUUCAGAGGGGUUGGGUUAAAUGCGGAAGACACAUUUCAGUUGCAUGCAUUUAGUUGCACAAACUGUCUAGGUAUCCCCCUUCCCUUUCUUGUGAAAAUAUUGGUGCAAUUCUGACAGCCGCCGGGAUACCCUAUGUUCUUUCCCAUCAUUCCCGUCAUCAUGAUAAGGAAACAUCCUCUGUCUAUUGGGCCAGCAGCACUGAACCUAGGUCCUCUCACACCGGAUAGAUAUGAUGCCAAAUCAUUAACUAGCGCUGGGUAUAGCCACAGAGGAUCCCCCAGACUUCCACCACUCAUUCAUGAAAAUCAAUGUCUGCAGGCUAGUAAAGGGAGCUGUGGAUGGGGCCGGGUCAGAGAAGAUGCUUUAUUUCCUCUGCCUGGCCUGGUGGGAGAUGUGGAGAGAAGUGGUAGGCGAGAGUUGGCGGCAUAGUUGAGAGGGAGGAAGGGGUAGCCAAGGUUGUCACGUGCUCUCGACAUACUUUUUCAGAAUGCUAAUUAGUCACAGAGCCUGGCGUGGUGGGAGCAGACAGACUUUAGGGGGAGGCAGAGUAAAUAGAGGGAAGUAUGCAGCAGCCCUCUUUAGAGGCCUUUGUUGGUCUGCCCCUGCUCUCACCAUCCAGACCAGCUCUGUUUGGUUUGUUUGAGAAAAUGUCAGCAUCCCUCCACUCCCCCGCUCCGUCUCUCGUGACCCCCCCCCACCACCUUCAUUUUUAGCAUCAGUCAGUGCUACGAAGUACUGUAGAUCGCAGCUACAUGAUGGUAAAUCCCAUUUUUGCACUAUUGGCCAUGUGGAAGGCAAUGGGAUAGCCAAUUGUACAGACAGCAAAGGCAACCUACUUCCAGCCAGCAGGGAGAGGAACAGGAAGAGCAUGGCUAGAGUAUAGGAUGUUGUUUGCUGUCGAUCAUAAAGAUCCUACGUCUCCCCCUGCUCCCCAGAGAGGGAUGGUCCCAUACAGAGAGAGAUGUCUGGUCUGGUCAGAGGCUCUAUGACCAUGGAGUUGUUUUUCCUCCUCCUCAGCCUGCUCUCCAUCAGUGGCUUGGAAUGGAGAGUGUAGAGGGACAGAGAGAGAAAGACUGAUAUGAUUGUGAAGGACAUUCCUGAGCGGUGGCUCUCUCUGCCUCUGGUCUGGCCUGCUCACGGCUAACACGGUCAUUCUCAUGGGAGGCUACCAUUCCUUCCAAUACCACAGCUUCCUCCCCUGCCUUCACCAGGCCUGUACAGCAUCCCUGCAACCUACGCUCACAAUGGGUCAAGAUGGACUGUUGACUGUUCCUUCUCCCUUUCUUGCUAUACUCGUAUGGUCAUUUUAUGUUUUUGUUUGUUAUAUUGGUUAAUGAACUAGUUUCCACCAGGGAUGGUACUCUCUCUGUAUUAUAAAUCCACUCAAGUAGUUUCCGGUACCUGGGAAUUGUCUGUGUGAAUUAUCUCUAGUUUAUUGUGCUGAACUAAUGCUCUCAAAUAGACUUUCAAAUGUCACAUUGGCCUGUAAGAGGACAUGGGAGCGGGGAAUGUUUGAUUUGAUGUGUGUUUUUUCAUCAGCCUUGCAUCGUUCGUAUUUCCACAUGUGUUGUUCGUGUUAUUUUCUAUGUCCUGUACAGUUGUUGUAUACUCGAUUGUCUUUUCACCUGUAAAGACAGGAAACGUGUGUAAUUUAUUACUGUUUCAUUGGAUCUGAGAUACUGAACACUAUUGGUUGAGAGGGGAGCUGCUUGUACUAUAGAGCAUGAUCCGUGUAAUAUUUAAUACUUUUUCUCAAAGUUUUAGAAUAAAACUAUGACAAAAUGUAUUCCCCCUACCUCUCCGAUGCUCCUAAUACUUUUGUGUCACACUCGGCGGGAGGGAUGAUUGGGUUUAAUCAACACGUUUCUCUCAAUCUACCCUGAAUCAUGACGGCAGGAAUCCCCCAUAAUUUCCACUGCACGCUUACUACCCUACUGAGAGACAGGCAGGGGAGGGUGAAUUAUAAACACCUAGCGGAUCAAUGCAGCCAUUUUGUACAUUUUCAGGGGUAGUGAUGGGUCUGGGAGGUGGAGGUUUUUCAGCUAUAUUCUUUCCUUUGUUCAUGGGAGGAUGUAUGCCUUGUCAUGGUCCUGUGCAUAACAGCCCCCUUUGUUUCCUCCAUGAUCACCAGCCCGCUCUCUGUCAUCUCCAUCCUCCCCAAACACUCACAACACCACUCACAUACAGACCUGUCACAACGUUACACCCUUUGGUUAUUUCUCCUCAUGAUCUACUUCAGCUCAUUUAUUUAUAAAUACACUGUAGAGAUGAUUCAUUCCAAAGAACAUGGUACUGUAUCUCUUCAUAUACUCUGCCAGCAUCCAAAUGGGUCUGUCACCUUAUCUGUGUUUUUUUUAUUUGAAGCUGAAAGACGACAGUCUUUCUCUUUCUUUCACACUGAGCAUUGAGCUAGUUGUCAUGGGUGUUUCUUAAGGCAGUGAAGCACAAGUUGCCAUCUGACUCCAGCUAAGUUGUAACUUGGUGGUAACCCCCACACUCCAUGAUCCUUCAGCUGCACUCAGGCAGUCACCUAUGAUCCUCCAUGUGAGGUGAACCUUUGGAGAGCUGCGCACUUCUGACAGUCACUCUAAUCACAUUUGAACAGAGCUCUGUCCGUAAGCGUCUCCUUUUCUGUGCGAGAGUGAUCUCUCUAUGUCUCCCAGCGCUCAGGCUAAAGGCAGACUUCAAUCGAAGUGCGAACUGUCAUAUUUCAAUGCCACCGCUCUCAUCACCACUACAAUGUCAGGCAGAGUUCACUGAGCACAUACUUGUGUGUGUGACACACACACACACACACACACACACACUCUCAGAUGGGGUGUGAGGAGUCUGUCUGAUAUUCCCAGUGGGGUUAUAUCAGGGGGAUUAGGGCAUCAGGUGGGUUUAGAUCUGUGUGAUUGUGCAGGAGCCCAGGCACACGCCUCAUUUGUUGCUGUCAGGUGAAGUUGCUCAUUUCUCUCUGUAACUUAAAGAUGGCAGGUUCCUUCGCCCCAUUUGUCAGAGGCAAAAAUCUCUCAGAUUACCAUCUCAAAUGAAGUGACAGCUUCUCACCUCGCCGUUAUGUUGCCAUCACAUCGACUGAAUCAGAAGCCUGCACAAACCCCCCUCAACCCCCUCUAGCCUUUCAUCCCCACCCUCCCUGGUACCCUCCAAAUCCAGCCCCUGAGCCCUGACUCCUUAACCUUCCCAACUUUGUAGAGGUUGACUCGCAGCAUUAACCACCCUGUUGGAAAGACUACUCGGUUUUGUGGAGUGACACCUAUGCUUUAGCGCUCUCAUAGGGGAUCCAGUCGUAUUAGAGCGUCUCGCUGCAUUGAGCACAGCAAGACAGGGCUAUGAGAGAGCAGCGGAAACCAUAGAGCCACCCCAUGUAGUGUUAGUCAGUCAGGACUGGCAGAUUGGAGUGGAUCCAAGAGGCGAUCUGUCCACAUGGAGUGUACAGCUCUAUAAAGCUGAUACACUAUGUUUCUCACGGUUGUCAUAGCGAGACGACAUGCGGUAAUAAGGUUUUUGUGUCAAUGUGACUUGGUUUGUAAUGAAGGGCGUUGUCUUAUUUUAAUUGGUUCUAUGGCCAUGGUGAUAAAACACAGCAGGAGCAUAUUACAUGACACAUUUGUGGCCUUGUCUGUGUGUGACUUUAGAUUACAGGGAUACUCUAUAAUAUCACAAUGAACAUCUGAGCACAAGGUUGAAACAAUCCUUUCUUCAAAGUGCAAUUAACCAAGCCAUUGCCUAUAGUACAGUAGAUGUACAAACUCGAGGCUGAAUGUGGAUUGAUAUCCUGAACAGUGAUUUUACAAGAGUGUCCUAACAUCAUAAACAACUACUGUAACUUAAAGGAGAGACCGUCUGCUAACUGACUCAAAUUGCACAUGUAAACGUGAUGUUAUUAUCGUAGUUUAAUUAUCUGGAUUCAUAGUGAAUCCUUCUCAAGAUCAGGUUAUAUUUCAUUCCUGAACAGACACUUCAUAUCAACAUGAAGGCCAAAUGUGUCUAUGCCUUUAUGUUUGUGUCCACCUGCUGCACAUUUCUCAGAGUUCUCUCAUUUUCUUUCCACUCUAAAUAAUCCUUGAAUUGCUUAUGGAGAAUUUACAGCCACAUCCCUCUGCAAGCCCAUAAAAGCUCAUUGAUUAAAACUGUUAUUUAUUGUA